AUGGAUCCUCAAGAACAAGAGCAAGAGCCGUUGCUUCUCAAAGUUUGGCGGCUGUGCAGUGAGUUUGCUGUAGAGCAUAACAUCUCGCAAUCUACAGUAUCUGCCGUUGGAACAGUCGCCGCCAUCCUCGUUGCUACCCUCAUACUCCGCCUCACGAACGCCAUCGCCGUUGCCUCCAUCUCAGCUGCUACCGCUCGUCCUCGCAAGUACACCGUCCCUGCGCCCAAGGCUCCCGAACCUCACACCAUUGUCGAUGUCCCUUCUGUCAAGGUUUCUGGCAGCUCGGCUGUCCAGUGCUAUGCUCCAGCUACGGGCCAGUUCCUAGGCCACAUCAACCCCUCUACGCCUGCAGCCAUCGACCGGGCUGUCUCUGCUGCUGCGACUGCGCAGAAGACAUGGGCCGAGACCACCUACGAACAACGCCAAGCUGUGUUAGGCUCUCUGCUGCAGCACGUCCUCGAUAAUGCUGAGCAGAUCGUCAAGAUUGCUUGCCUUGACAGCGGAAAGACUAUGGUGGAUGCCCAGCUUGGAGAGAUCCUUGUCACGGCUGAGAAGUUGAAGUGGACUCUGUCUCAUGGCGAGGCGGCAUUGCGCCCCUCGCGCCGUCCUACCAACUUCCUUAUGAUGUAUAAGCGCAACACAGUUCACUACGAGCCUCUUGGCGUUGUUGCUGCUCUUGUCAGCUGGAACUACCCCUUCCACAACUUCAUCGGUCCUGUCAUCAGCGCCCUCUUCUCUGGUAACGGCAUUCUCGUCAAGGUUUCCGAGCAGACGGCCUGGUCCAGUCAAUACUUUACCAACAUCGCCCGUGGCGCCCUGAUUGCCCAUGGCCACGAUCCUCAACUUGUUCAAACUGUCGUGUGCUGGCCUCAAACAGCUGGGCAUCUUACUUCCCACCCUGGUAUCAGCCAUAUCACCUUCAUUGGAUCGCAAUCUGUUGCUCAUCAUGUUGCUGCCAGUGCAGCCAAGAGUCUUACCCCUGUUGUUGCUGAGCUCGGUGGCAAGGAUCCUUUUAUUGUUCUCGACUCCGCCUCCCGUGAUCUCAAACGAAUCGCUGAAGUCAUUCUUCGCGGAACCUUCCAAGCCGCUGGCCAGAACUGUAUUGGUAUUGAGCGGGUUAUUGCACCUAGUGCCAUCCACGACAGGCUCGUCGAAAUGCUUGCCCCCCGAGUCAACGCUCUCCGCCUGGGUCCUGAGGCUGAUGUUGGUGCCAUGAUCUCUGAUGCUUCCUUCGACCGCCUGGAAGAUCUCAUUGCUGAGGCUGUCUCGCAAGGUGCUCGUCUCCUCGCCGGUGGCAAGCGUUACAAUCACCCCGAAUAUCCCACUGGUCACUAUUUCCAACCUACUUUCCUCGCCGACGUAACCCCCGAAAUGCGUAUUGCACAAAAUGAGUGCUUCGCCCCUGUUCUUACCCUGCUCCGCGCAAAGUCAUCUUCCCCUGAAGACAUUCUCUCUAUUGCCAAUGCUCCUAACUUUGGCCUUGGUGCUUCUGUUCACGGCUCUGAGCGUGACCACAAUCUGCAGCCUAUUGUUAAGGGUCUACGUGCUGGCAUGGUCGCUGUCAACGAUUUUGCUGUCUACUAUGCUGUUCAACUACCUUUUGGCGGUGUUGGUGGCUCUGGCUACGGCCGAUUCGCAGGCGAGGAAGGUUUGCGUGGGCUUUGCAACGCAAAGGCUAUCUGCGAAGACCGCUUCGGCUGGCUGGGCAUCCGCACAAGUAUCCCUCCUCCUGUGCAGUACCCAAUAAAGAGUCAACUCGACAGUUGGAAGUUCACACAUGGUGUGGUGGAAUUGGGCUACGGUGCUCCUAUCCGAAAGCUUCAGGGCCUCGGCAAGAUUCUUGCCAAUAUGUAA